UUUCCCAAUGUCAAUCAUGUAUUUAGGAGGCACUGUAACUAGCUUGCUUACAAUUUGUGAUGAUGCGUGAGUGUGUUGUUGCAGAAAUAAUAGGACUAUGCAAUUUGUUGCUAGAGGCAUUUGGUAUGCUAUGAAUUUUUUUUUUUUUUUCAAGAGGGGAGGAGGGUGCCCUUUUUUUUUCAUUUUGAGCACCUGCCCCCUGAGAGGUCUGUGCACGGCCCUGCGUAAUCCUUUGAUUGAAAUUUCACCCUCAAAACAACGUUGAUUACUUUUUCAAAUCCAAUGCAUUUUCCACGUAACGUACAUUCCACGUCACAAUACGUUGACAAAUGAUGUUGAAACAACGUUGAUUCGAGCAGUUUGUGCCCAGUGUUGUCUGUCUGUUCUUCAAGGGUUUCCACUGUCCCCUAGCUCCUCCCUCUCUGUACCUUGUGACAACAACAACUCAUCCAUAGAGCUUUAGCGGUCUAGUGGAGCCGCACUUUUCAGCUCAUUCUCCUCCAGUCAUUUCUCCUCCUAUCUGUGAUCAUUGUCUCUCCGUGCUCAGCCCAAACCCUCUCACUCACCGCGUCUUUUCAGCAAAUCAUUCUACUCCCCAACUCAUCAGAGGAGCUAAACUCCCGUGGAUUAUUUCAUUUGGAAAUUCUCGACAGCUACACUUUUUUUUUCUGCAGGACUGACUGGGUUUUCUACUUUGAACUUACUCUUCUUCCCCUAGGUGACCAUGGCCGUACCGGCUGCUCUGAUCCCGCCAACCCCUCUGGUCCAGCCGCAUUCGAUCUCUACUCCUUCUGCGACCACCUCCCCGCCGUCGACAACUUCUCCCCGGUCUCCCUCAAUGGCCCCCUCCGGACAGAACCUGUUCCGCUCGGAGCUCCUAGGCACAAGUAGCCCCGGCAUCCUGACCCCGACUGGGGCUCUGCCCAGCAAGCCAGUAUACUUGACUCCGUCGCCUGUUGAGAACACACCGCAGAACAACGAGUGUAAAAUGGUGGAGUUGCGGGGGGCGAAGGUGGCGUCUUUCACCGUGGACGGGUGCGAACUCAUCUGCCUGCCCCAGGCUUUCGAUCUGUUUCUGAAGCACCUGGUCGGAGGACUGCACACCGUGUACACCAAGCUGAAGAGACUGGAGAUCACGCCCGUGGUCUGCAAUGUGGAGCAGGUCCGCAUCCUGCGAGGUCUCGGGGCCAUCCAGCCAGGAGUCAACCGCUGCAAACUAAUCUCCAGGAAAGACUUCGAGACUCUGUACAACGACUGCACAAAUGCCAGCUCCAGACCAGGCAGACCUCCUAAGAGGAGCCAGAGUGUGACAUCACCAGAGAACCCACACAUCAUGCCACACUCUGUCCCCGGCCUCAUGUCCCCUGGAACAUUCCCAUCCUCAGGGCUGACAGCAGCGGCGGCGGCAGCUGCCAACGCGGCCAUCGCCGAGGCCAUGAAGGUGAAGAAGAUCAAGCUGGAGGUGAUGAGCAGCUACCACAGCAACGCCAACCAGCAUGGGGCCGAUGGCGAGAACGGAGAUCUCAGCUCCAGCGUGGGUUUGGAACUGCCCUUCAUGAUGAUGCCCCACCCCCUGAUCCCUGUUAGCUUGCCCCCUGCUUCUGUUUCCAUGGCAAUGAGCCAGAUGAACCACCUCAGCACCAUCGCCAACAUGGCCGCCGCCGCACAGCAGCAGAGCCUGCCCUGCAGAAUGGUCACCUCAGUCAUCAAAGAGCGUGUCCCAGACAGUCCCUCCCCCGCCCCUUCCUUAGAGGACGGCAGGAGGCCCGGCAGCCACCCAUCGUCCCACCGCAGCAGCAGUGUCUCCAGCUCACCGGCCCGCACAGAGAGCUCCUCAGACAGGAUACGUACGUCCCCCUAUUCCCUCCCCAUGCAACGAGUCAGACUGGCUAACUGCGUGUUCAGUUCCGCAACCAUACAUCAGAAUGGUCUUUCUAUGAACCAAAUGAACCAAGCUCUGCUGGGCCUCUCCCCCAGCAUUCUGCCUGGGCCUAAAGAAGGAGACCUGGCCCACGACAUGAGCCACGAAGCAAAGAGGAUGCACAUUCACAAAGAUGACAAUCCAAUGUGCACCCCGACGGCGAGAGACAGCUACGAGAGGCUGUCACUGGCUGGACAAGGUCUACCACCUGGCUUCCCUUCACCAUUCCUGUUCCCAGACGGCCUGUCAUCUAUUGAGAAUCUCCUCACUAACAUACAGGGCCUGCUGAAGGUGGCAAUUGACAACGCGCGGACCCAGGAGAAGCAGGUGCAGCUGGAGAAGACGGAGCUGAAGAUGGAGCUGUUCAGGGAAAGAGAGCUCAGGGAGACCCUGGAGAAACAGCUCGCUAUCGAACAGAAGAACAGAGCAAUAAUCCAGAAGCGUUUGAAGAAGGAGAAGAAGGCUAAGAGGAAACUGCAGGAGGCUCUGGAGUAUGAGUCCAAGCGGAGGGAGCAAGCCGAACACUGCAUCAAACAGCCGUCACCCUCAGAGAGCCUGCGCUCAGUCAAUGACUCACUGACCCCAGAGAUGGAGAGUGACCGCAGCACUGGAAGAACAGAUGCUGAGAGGGCAAUACAAGAUGGAAGACUGUUCUUGAAAACCACAGUGAUGUACUGAUAAGAAGAUGAUGAGCUAAAGAAGAGAAACAAUCUGACGGAGAUUGUCAAGAGCCCAGGUGGAUUUCGUAGCAGAAACAGGUCACACUGCGUGUACUGUAGCAGUUCAAUGGAAGUGUGUUUGGCCAAACACCGGAAAAGGGUUGUGUCUGAAUGUAGAAACUCUUUUUCUCACAGAUAUCAACAUUACAUAGUCGCUAAAGCAGGUUUUGAUUCAUUGAGGUUGGUUGUUUAAAAAAAAUCAAUAAUUGCACAGUAAAAAUGUACCAAGGGGUACACUGUUGGUAAUAUCGCAAAGAAAUUCACAGCACUGAAGAUUUUUUAUACUGUAUUUCAACCAGCGACAAAGCUUUGAACAUGAUCAGACUCAAGAGGUUGUGUUUUGUAUUUCAAGUGUAAUUCCGAGAUGUAAACAAAAUAUAUAUAACGCUUGGAAAGAACCUCUGUGAUUUUUAUUUUUUAUUUAUCCGUAUGUUGAUCAAAAGAGACGACUGAGAUUUGAUUUGAAUGUUUUCUAAAUUAGAAGAAAAUACAAUAAAGUUUAAUUUU